AUGACGGAAUACUCAGGUAACUUUCCACUAGACCAUUUUGAAAUGCUUCAAGUAGCUCUUUAUUGUCAUCUUUGGAAACCCUGGGGGUCUGGAAACACCAGCCUGGGCAGCACAGACAUCAGAGAUGCCACUCUGAGCACAGGUAGUGUUGAUCUCAAUGUCCUUUCUUGUCCUCCCUUGCUCUUUAUUCAGUACUAUUCCUGGCUUCCUUUAUCUGAUUUGUAUUCUGGACAACUUCUCAAACUAACCGAGUCCAAGGCACCAAGCAGAUCUACAGAAGGGGAUAGAAACCAUACAUCUGUGUCUGUGUUUGUUCUCAUGGGACUGUCAGAUGACAAAGAACUGCAGCUCCUCCUCUUUCCAGUCUUCCUGGGGAUUUACCUUAUGACCCUGAUCUGGAACUUGGGUCUUAUCAUUCUCAUCAGGAUUGAUUCCCACCUGCACACACCCAUGUACUUUUUUCUCAGUUUCCUGUCAUUUAUAGACAUUUGCUAUUCUUCUUCCAUCAGCCCAAGGAUGCUUUCAGACUUCUUAAAAGAUGAAAAUACAAUUUCCUUCAUUGCCUGUGCCACUCAGCAUUUCGUUGCAUCCUGGAUGGCUCUGACUGAGUGCUGCCUCUUGGCCGCCAUGGCCUAUGACAGAUACAUCGCCAUUGGUAGCCCUCUGCAGUACUCAAUGAUCAUGGCUCCUGGCCUCUGUUGGAAGAUGGUGGCUGCAGCCUAUGGGAGUGGUUUCCUUAGUAGCUUAAUUCAAACAGUAUCUAGCUUUCAUCUUGACUACUGUGGGCCAAAUAUUAUUCAUCAUUUUUUCUGUGACAUAGCUCAGAUUAUUGCCUUAUCUUGCUCCAAUCCUUUCAUUGGCCAAAUGAUUCUUUUUCUGGAAGCUAUCAUUGUUGGAUUUGGUUCUUUGCUUUUUAUUCUCUUAUCUUAUGGUUUCAUUGCAUCUUCCAUUCUGAAAAUAUCUUUACUCAAGCAUAGUGCCAAGGCUUUCAGCACCUGUGCCUCCCACCUGGCAGCUGUGACACUCUUCUAUGGCACAGCCCUCUCUGUGUACAUGCAUCCCAGUACUAGCCACUCCAUGAAGCAGAACAAAGUGCUGUCAGUGUUCUAUGUAAUCUUUAUUCCCAUGUUAAACCCUCUGAUCUACAGUUUGAGGAACAAGGAGAUCAAAGAGGCCCUCAAGAGGGUGAUAAAGAGGGCAACGUAUUUACUUCAGCAAGAAUAA